UCACUGAAUCUUUCAACUAUCAUCUGCAGCUUGAAGAUAUAGACAUCAACAUGAGAGAUGACGAAUACACCAAGCAGGCUGGUAACAAGGAUUAUACAACUGACAAGCCAUAUAAUAGAGGCCAUUUAUUUCCAGCCUGUCAUGCUUUUGACUCUAAUGACAGAAAGUCAACCUUCACCCUGACAAACAUUGUUCCGCAAGCAGUUUCUUUCAAUGGUGGCAGUUGGCAAAAAAUGGAGAGCUGCACCCAAUGUAUCCUGCAAAAGUAUUGUAUUAAUGAAAUUGGAAUCUUUGAAGGCUUUGUGGUGACGGGGGCACAGCCAAGCACGAGCAACAAACUUAACAACAGGGUGAACAUACCUUCCAUGCUCUGGACAGCAUUCUGUUGCAACAUUAAGAACACAGACAGGUGGAUAGCUAGUGCACACUGGGGCGACAACAUUGCAGAACCUAAAUCUAAAUAUCUGCAGACAAAGACUUUGGCAGAACUCCAUCAAGAGCUGAGCAAAGAGAAUUCAAUGUUUGAGGCGUUUCCUGGAUCAAAGUGUCCUCUCCACACAACUGUCGCUGAGUUUUACCCAGAAAUUGAUCGCCGAUGCCAAUGCCCUCCCCAGGCUUCAACCACAACUGGCCCUCCCACUACCACAACGACCAGCACAACUACUGCCACAACUGCAACUAGUCAAACUCCCACGACUAUGAUUCCACCAACCACAACAACAAUCACAGUCUCCACAACCACAACAUCUAGUACCACUACCACCACCACUACUACUACCAUCAAGAAUGAUAACGAAGAGAACAACUCUAAAGAAGACAAUGGGCAAGAAGGAAAUCCGGAAAAACCAGCAAUAACUAACAGGGCUCCAUUUGGUGGUACAGUAGGAAGUGCUGGAUUGUUUGCAGGGAUAACUGCUAUACUCACAGGUACUGCAGGUAUACUGGGAGGUAUACUGGGAGCUAUACUGGGAGCUAUACUGGGAGGUGCAUCUACAGGUGCUGGUGUAACAGUUCCUGCUGCAUCAUCGACAACAUUUAUACAUACAACCAUUGAUCCAAAAACUAAUUCAACCUCCCAGACAUCAACAACUUUUAUUCCUCCCACUUUUGAUCCCCAAACUAACACAACCUCCCAGACAUCGACAACCUUUUCAGCUACCACUAUUAAGCCCCAAUCAAAAGCCCCUGUCACACAGUCUAUUCAAAACAGGACUGAUCCUUUAUUCCAGCUCACCUUUCCAUGUGAAGAAUACGAAGGCAGAAAGUGGCGGCUCUGCUGCUGUGCCUUUAAGCCAGCAAUGGAGAUAAUCACAGGGCCAAAUCCACAUCUGUGUGACCAGGAAAGUCAGCGUUGUUGCAAUGCAGUUCACAGAUCAUAUUCUGGAACGCUGGCCUGUCAUCUACAAGCACACACUAGGUCACGAAUACAUCUGAAUUGUUUCCGUAUGUGCAGGUGAAGAAAGGUCAUGAAAGACGGCAUAAUGAUCGGGUCUUCUGAGUGGUUGAUCACUGUGUGAAAGUGACUUAACGCAACCUCCCAGAUAAACACAUUUAUUCAUACACUGAAUUAAAAUGUUCUGUAUGUUUUACUGUUAAUCUUCUGACGGAUUUACUUUUCUUAUUAUCAGUUUGUUCAAUCAAUAAUAUGAUAUGUUGAUCUGAAUAUGGCCUGAUGCAUUUGUAUUACUAGGAGAUGCUGAGCAACAGUUUUGUUACUGCUUUGUGCUUUAUGGCUUGAAUACACACAUAUAUGUAUGUAGUCC